AUGGAUUCAUUUUUGAAGUUUCUUGAUUGUGUGGAUAUUGGAGUUGUGGAGAAUGAAAAAAGUGAUGAAAUUUUUACAUUUAUUGAUAACCUCUUUUCUGGUUCAACAAGUCUUCGUUUUUCACAUGGUAUACACAGUAAUGCGGGUCAAGUAAAAACAGCUGCAUCAGUUGGGAGUAAAGACCUGAUUACAAGCACCUGUUCAGAAUCAUCUAUAGACAUUAGUAUCGACAAUCCAUCACCAGCACCACCUGUGGAUGAAGAUGCCACUGCCAACAUCAACUCAGAGGAAAACGACAAGAAGUUAGGUUUAGAGGAUGAGGAUGGUCAGCAGACAGUGACAUCAUCUAUGGAUAUUUCUUCAACAUCGACUGUGCUCUCCCAGGAGUCUGCAGAUAUAACAAUGUCCCAGUUAAAUGGAAUCCCAUUUGAGAUGAGUGCAUGCAAGACCUUAACUACUCUACCUCAACAAACUGGACAGACAUCUUCAGAGCAUAACCCUUUACAGACAAUUACCAAUACGAAUAAUUCCUUGCAUAUGUUUGAUUUUGGAAAGAAAAGUAAUGCUUUGGAAACAACUGCAACACCUUCACCAAAUGGAAUAAGUGCCUCCAAGUAUGUGAGUGGACCACCCAAUAUUGGUCCUCUCUUAUCAGCCUUAUUAUCAAAGUUAGAAAGCAUGAUUCAAAAUUCCCUCCAUGUUAAUUUUCUGUUGACUGGACUAAUUUCUCGUCUUGCAACCUACCCACACCCAUUACUCCGUUCAUUUCUCUUAAAUCACAACUUGGUCUUCCAGCCAUCAAUUAAAUCUCUUGUACAGGUUUUGUCAUCAGUUCGGCACAAAGUCGAUCACUAUUCAUGUGCAAUUCCUAACUUUGCUCAGCUGGUAGCAAAGGCACGACAGUCUAUGAAUUUAAGAAUUUGUAUGUACUCAAAUGAACAGGAUGGGAAGGUGUCCUUGCCUCGAAACACAUCUUCUCCCGGUCUUUUGCCAAAGAGCAAAUCAGCUGAAUAUUGUUACACUUCCCACAAAGGAGCUGGCAGAAAACAUUCUUUCUUUCAAACAUCAACAACCAAACCUGCAGCUGUAGGUCAGUUAUUCUCCAGAAUGGGUCCAUCAAAUGUUGACCGUUCUCGACCAUCUACACUGGAGAGGAUGCCUGGGGGACGUGGUUACCGAUAUAUAAACCAGCAGUCACCAAAUGAACAUUUUGAAAGUAAUCCUAUGGACAAUGCAAAGACAAGGAAUGCUGUGUAUUGUGCCAUUGUUUUAGAGGAAUUUCUAAAAGAACUAGCAGCUCUGUCCCAAGAACACUCAGUGUUGCUCUGGGAGCAGGACUAUUUGUGCAGCUGA